AUGGAUACAAUGCAACCAAGCACACUUGCCCCAACAAUCACAAAACAUCUUCUCAACUUUCCAUUCAACUUCACUGAUGGAAACGAUGAAAAGUUGAGAACAUUCCUCUUGCAUCAUGAAUUCACUGACUCUUGUCAUCAACCGACUAACAACAAUUUUGAUCAUCUCGUACGUCUACAACUUUUUUAUAACUUCUUCACUUAUUAUAAUGAAAAUGAUAUUAUCUUUAGAAGACAAAAUGUCAUGUACAAUAAUUUUACAAACGUUGACAAUAUAUACAACGAAAUUGCAGAUGGAUUAAAUAUUUAUAGCGAAACUAACCCAAAAUACACUAAUGUAUUUCAUUUUCAACACAAACACUUGAACGAUGACUCAUUCAACUACACUCUGCUGAACUCAGAGGAACAAACACAUGCAGACCCAAGGCAGGCGCACAACAGCAAUGACAUCUCACAUGCCAGUUACGACGAACCAACUGCAUCGUACAUCAACACUUUCAUCCUCACCUACAUCCCUUUAAUCAUCUACAUCGUCGGAGUCCUGGGGAACUCUUUGUCCCUAUCGGUCCUGGUUCGUAAGAGGAUGAGGAGAGUUUCCACGUACACGUAUUUGUCCGUGUUGUCCGUGGUGGAUACGUUGGUGCUGACGAUGGGACUGUUGCAGUUGUGGAUCGGUGAGAGAUCGAAUUUAGGCUGGCUGAGGGACCAGUCGAAUGUGGCCUGUAAGACUUUGAAUGUCUUCUCUUACUCGAUGAGUGACCUGUCAGUCUGGCUGAUCAUUGCCGUCACUGUGGAACGAUUCAUCGCUGUUUGUCAUCCACUGAGGGCUGCUUCCAUGUGUCGCAGGAGAACUGCUCUCAAGGUGAUGCUGGCGCUGACUUCGCUGAUGCUGCUUUUGAAUUCUCACUUCAUCUUGACGACCAAAGUGUCCGUGGAGGAGUUUUCAACGUACGAAAUAACCGAGGAAGGCACGAACCUCUGCUCUUCCGUGAAGAAAAGUCGCUGCAUGGCUGCGGGAGGGCACGAGGACUUCAUACAAAAGUACUGGCCGUGGGUGGACGCGAUUUUUUAUUCCUUCCUUCCAUUCGUGAUGAUCAUCAGCCUCAACUGCAUGAUCAUCAGACGUGUGAUGGUUGCCAGGAGGAGGAGGUGGAAGAUGAUCAGCCAGUCAAGUGUCUCCGUCAAUCGCUCUGAUGCCACGUCUGCUCAUCUCCACCAACAUCAGCUCAAUGAAAAACUUGAACAAUUUCAUAAAAGUUUGAUAUCAGUUUCAUAUAUAGUAUCUAAAGGUACGGGAGGAGUUGGUGUGAUGGUAAGAGAAGAGUUGGGGGAGAAAGUGUUUGAAGUGAGGCGGAAAAGCAAUGGUGUAAUUGUGGUGGUGAUGGUGUUUGGAAAAAUAAUAGUGAGGGUAAUAUAUCAGGAUAUGCUCCGCAACAAAGCGGGGUUGGAUGAGUUUGUGGUGUUGUUGGGUGAUUUGAAUGGUCAUGUGGGGGCGGAUGCAGACGGAUAUGAAAGUGUACAUAGGGGAUGGGGCUUUGGUAUACGAAAUGAGGAAGGGCGUAGAGUGUUGGAGUUGGCGGAUGCAAUAGCAUGGUUAGGGGAGCAUAGGUCAAUGAUAGAUUAUAUAUUGGUAAGGGCGAAGCAUAGGAAGUAUGUAAGGAAUGUGAAGGCGAUACCUGUGAUGAUCAAAAACAAUCUGGAGGAUGAACAAACUUUAAGACAUAAACAAAACUCCUAUGCUAUUUCCAAACAUUUUAAACUGAAACGACAAGAACAAACUAUUUGCACAACACCACCUGACAAUUUGUUAAGAAGAAUACUGAGACAAUCAAAGAAUCAUCGCAACAACCCGACAAAACCAGGCGAAGUGGCAGUUUCAACCGUUGAAACGUCAUUAAGCCCAAGCACGAACAACCAUCAAUCUGCAGAUCACUCAACAGUACGUGGUCUCCACAGUUCGCAGCAUCGCCACCAAGCCAAACUAACCCACCAAUCAGCAAGCAGAUUGUCAUCAGUUGAGCAGGCAUCUAGGAUGGAACAGAACGAAACAAACCGCAUGCUUAGUAUCAUGUUGCUCACAAUCUCCUUCGCAUUCAUCCUCAUGACUCUGCCCAGGAACAUCUACUUCCUCUUCGUCUACUGGUCCAAUUACAGCAAACAUUCGGAGCUGUUGUCCUCACCUGGCAGCGCAGAUGAAGAUGCACUUGGAAAGAAUAUUAGUAGCAGUGAGGGUGGUGCUGGAAUCUACAAUGAUGACCAAUCACAUACGCAUGCAAACCUCCUGCUAGCUUCGACCCUCACAGAAAUGCUGAUGUUCCUCAACCACUCCUCCAACUUUUUCCUCUACUGUGCCACCGGUCAAAAGUUUCGAAUGGAGCUGAAGAAGAUGUUGCUAUCAUGGAGAUCAUGCUUGUUAUCGGCACUCUGUCACCUGCUCUGCUGUUUUCCAAGCUCUCAUACAACUGCUUGUAAGAAGAGGAGAAACAUGACUGCAUGUUGCAGGUGUUGUGUGGAGCGUGGAAAAAGAUUUUCAACUUGUAAUAACUUUCAAACUAACAACAGAAACAGUUUACAUUCUAACAAAAAGCAAAAAUUAAAAAUGCUUCAAAUGAAUUUUCAUUCUUGCCACCCGUACUGUGAUGGUGUGAGGAACGAAGAUAGAGAUUGCAAAGACUACCUCCAUCGCGGUAGCAUUCACAUUGACCUUGGCAGCAACAAAUACAAAAAGUCACUUUGCAACAACACGGUCGUCAUCAAUUUGAUAUCUAAUAAGUAACAGUUAUCGUUAGUUGUUACUUAUUUACUGGAAAUCACCUAUUCACAAUUGAAAAACUUUUCUGGAAUAAAUAUGUGAACCAUUUUUACUUUUGCGGAAAAGUAUACAUAACGAUGGAAUACGACAACAUUAUUAGUUUACAAAGUUUGGUUUCGCAAUGAAAAGGAAAUGGUCUGAAAAUACACACAGAAUGAAAAUAUUUUUAUAAUUUUAAAUACAUUGAUUGAGAAAAAAAUCAAUCUAGUUAAGUUGAAAAAAACAUAGAGAUAAGAAGCAAAAGAGUCAAAGUACACAGCGUAGCAAGGUCAAAAGUACAAUAAUGAAGUAAUAUGGCUAAAUUAGUGAGAGGUUUUCAGUGGUGUUGAAAUUUACAAAAUUACAACGCUAUGAAAUUGUUUUUUUGAAUUGUUGAAUUUGUUGAAAAUAUUUUUGAACAGUAUAAUAGCUUCCAGUUUGUAAUCGUACACUAAUCAAAAUUUGAGUUUUAUGUAUGUGUUGUAUAUGUUAUUUCAUCCAACGUGAAAGUUUCCGUUAGUCGUGUCAUGUUCAUCAUUGUUGUUCAACUGCUUGCUAUAACUGAAAGCUUGGUUGUUCAAUCGGAAACAAAUAUUAGUCGCUAGUUUAUAAUUCAUAUAUAUAUAUACAUGUGUAAUGACUGUACUUUUAAGAAUGCACUCAAUUGAAAUGGAAAAAAUAUUACAUUCACUUUUAAAUAAAGUUUGAUCUUGAUGAAACCAUAGAAUACGAUAUAGAGUUUUAUACCAUAAAAUUAAUU